AUGGAGUCUAGCCAUAGAAGGCCACGGAAGUGGCAACAUGGUGCUCUGUCUGAUGAUUCUGACAUGGAUGACAACAUAUCAUUUGAACUUGCGAUGGCUGGGGAGUCUACACCAUUGAGGCUACCAUCUAAUUUGUCAUCACAAGUUUCACCCACGGCAUUUGUAUCGCCAAUGAAAAAGUUACACAAUUUGCAUUUAAGUACUUCAUCUCCCGAAAUACCGAUAGAUAGGAUGAUACCGAUAGACCAUUCCGGGAUUUCAGAUGAUGAUGGUGAUUAUUCAGAAGCUGAUCAAACAAUUGGUGAAGAUAGAAGUAGUGAGAUUGAAUUUGAAGAAGAUGGUGAAGUGAGAGAUGGAGAAAAUGAUGAAGACGAAGAUAGUACAUUCCCCAGUAGAAAGCCUGUGUAUAUGAAUACGAGGAAGAGGGCUAUGGAUACUUCUCUGGAUAUGGUUAUAACCCCAGGAGCUUCCUCGAGACAUCGAUCUAUUGACAAUAUGUCCAUUUGCAUCAAUGAUAGUACGUCGAGUGCUUUCAAGUUAAGUUUUUCGAAUAGUGAUUCUACCCCAUGUCCACGACAAUCAAGAAAGCGCUUGAAAUUUAAGAACAGUACCCCGUCAGGGACUCCACUGAAUGGAGGGAAACGGAAGAACAUUUUAAAUUUUUCCAAUUCAACUAAGGCUUCAGCAUCAAUCCUUACACAAUUACAUAGCAUAAAGGGAGGAGAUCAAGUGAAUAUCAAUACAAGCUUGGAAAAUGAAAACGAAGAUGAAGACGACCAAUUAACACCUUCCUACGAAAAGGCAUCCUUCUCUUCACUACCUCCAUCGAGUACUUCUUCACCAGUGACCUCGGUCAACAAUUCGAUACCCAAGGUUGUACUCAAUCAACAGAACACACCAAUUUCACAAUCCACACCUGCCAAUUCAAGGGCACCUACACCACCAAUGACAAACGAAGAAUAUGGAGAUACAGUUAAUGGAUAUAAAUUUGUACGAUCCUCUGUGCCCACUACUGAAACAAAAACACAACCUACACAUCCAUACUACAGCUAUACGACUCCCGAGAAUAGUACUACAAUCAAUCGGAACGCAACAUUAUCACAAGAAUUGAGAAAUUCAUAUAUUCGAAAUGAACCAGUAAACGUUCGUAACUUGCCACUGGGUCAAUAUCAAAUAGUUGGGGAAUUUCCAGUUAGUGCUGCAGGAUUAAUGGAUGAAGAAGAUGGCGAUUUGCAUAUUGGUGAUAAACGGAUAAAUGAUCCUUAUUUACACGGGUUACAAAAUAGUACUAAACCCGAUCAAAGAAGAGAAGAAAUCAAAAUUGAGUAUUUUGAAUCAUGGGGAACAUCACAAGUGAAAUUACCGUUAUUAAUUGAAUUUCAAAUGGAACAUAGACAAACAAAAGAAGAACUAUUAAAAUCACUUAACGACGAGGAAUCGGUAGAAUCUUUCUAUAGAUAUAUUUUAGAGGAGGAUGAAAUCUUCAACGCAGUGAAAAAGGAAAGGUUGAAAUGGCAUCCUGAUAAAUGGGCCGGAAAUAAUACAAUGGACAAGGAUAUUAUUGAUACACUUAGUCAGGCAUUGAAUUCACUUGUUGACAAGUUAAAGGAUUUAUAG